CUCGAUUCCGUGUUACUCUAUAAUAGCGUACUCUUAAACGUACUAACUGUAGCAUGCUAUAUAAAAGGACACAUGAUUUGAAUAAAAAUAUUAUUCCGGUAUAUACUUUGAACAGGUUGUGAUUAAUCAAUAUUAACGUUGGGGUUAAUCAUCCGUGUUUAACAAAUAUAUAGAUAAUAUAUUUAUAAAUACAUAUCUGAUAUAGAUAAAGGGGACAUACUCAGCGAUAUUAUUUUUUUAUCUCGAAGAAUAUUACCACCGUUCUAUAUCGAUAAGAAGGUCGUGGAUAUCAAUAGUAAUGGCAAGUGUGGUCGAAGCAGCUAUAGUGACGGGAGCUGCCCAAGGCAUAGGGAAAAGUAUAGCCACAAGUUUGCUGAAACAAGGCUAUAAGAUUUUCAUUUUUGACCUGGACUUAAAUUUGGGGCAGGCCACAGCAAAAGAUCUUUGUCAAAAGUUUGGUGAAUCGAAGGCAACGUUCAAAAAAUGCGAUGUCACAGACAAGGAACAGUUUAUAGGAGCUUUUAACGAAGCUGUGAAGACAUGUGGUCAUAUAUCUGUGAUGGUUAAUAACGCAGGUAUAGCUGACGAAUUCAAUUUUGAAAAAUGUAUAGCUGUGAAUUUGAUUGGAGUGAUUCAGGGUUGUAACCUUGCUAUAGACCAUAUGAGGAAGGAUAAAGGCGGGAAAGGAGGAAUCAUAGUCAAUGUGGCGUCAAUGGCAGCUGUUGAUGCACACUUCAUCCUUCCAACGUAUUGUGCGACAAAGAGUGGAUCACUCCAGUUUACUAGAGCAUGGUCUAAAAACCCAAAAUGUGAAGAAUAUGGAUUGACGUUUAUGUGUUUGUGUCCUGGCUUUGUUGAUACAGAAAUGGUACGCACAGGAGGUCCACAUUGUUUAAAUCCAAAUAUUUUUGAACUAGCAAAAUCGUCAGGACUAUUGAAAUCGGAAGAAACAGCAGUACUCCCGAAGGUCAGAACUACUAGACUAGAAACAAUUGAAGAUGCCUUCUUGAAGCUCAUGAAUGACAAACAAAAUGGUUCUGUGUUAGAAGUUUCAAUAUUCAGAAUAGAGUAUUUAAAACAACCUUCUGUAAUGCAAGUCAACAAUGACAAAGAAACGUCCUGAUGAGUUAUUGUGAAUGAAAAACUUUUCAUCAAUGUUGGAAGAAGCCCAAGGCAUUGGUUCUGCACAAGUGGAGCUACAGAACAGACAUGCAUUGAUAAAAGCAAACUAGAGUGGAUCACAUUACUUUAACUCGACUGCAAUGAAUGACUAUAUAAAAGGAAAUUCGGAUUUAGCAAUUCCAUUUUUCGCAUUUAUACAAUUGUUGUCUUUUUCUAUUUUCAGAACUCAUUGAAUAAUUUUUCACAAUGUACUAUUCCAUGAAAUAUUAUAUGGGGGAUAGCACAGGCACUUGCAUUGUAUAUUGGAAAGAAUUGUUACAUCCAACCAUAUUAAAAAAUACAAUUUCUGGAAUUGCCAAGAUAACUUGUUUUCAGUGGCCAUCUUGAAAUUGUGAAUUUGGAAUAUCAUGCAUUACCAAUUUGAACUUAGAUGUUAUUUUCUUUUGUCUCAUUUUAUAUUGUAAAUAGAAUUUCAUCAAGAUUAUUUUCCAAAAUUUUUGGUCACAAGUAAGUUAUUAAUUAUGUAAUUAAUGUUUAUCUCUCAUCACUAGAUUAUACUAACUUUAAUAACAAUAAAUUAAUUUCAUUGGAA